AUGCGCUACCGAGGUUUCUCCUCCUACCUUGUGACGCCCCAAGAGCUCGACGAAGCGCUAAAGAAGAAUGCUCCGACUGCCAUUUCGACCGCGCCCAAAGUCAUCCCCGUCUGUGCCGCCUGGUUCAUGCCCAACGACCCUGAAAAGCGAACAGGUCUCCAGGUUUUCCUCCAGAAAAGAAUACCCACUGCGCGUUUCUUCGACAUCGACGAGAUAAAAGACCACGAGUCGGAAUGGCCGCAUAUGUUGCCAACCUGCGAUGCUUUUGCAGACGCAAUGUCCAAGAUGGGCGUCAGACGCGAGGAUGAAGUGGUCGUCUACGAUACUGAAGAGCUCGGUUUGUUCUCUGCUCCCCGGGUGGCCUGGACCAUGCGGGUCUUUGGCCACCCCAAAGUCCACAUUCUCAACAACUUCCGUCUUUGGGUAAAGGAAGGCUACCCGGUCGAGACCGGUCCUCCGGAAGUUCCCAACAUCACCAAAUAUCCCGUGCCGGCGUACAAUACCGAUAUGGUGGUGAAAUUUGCAGAAAUGAAAACAAUCGGCUACGACUACGGAAAGGAGGGCUCAGAAGAGAUUCAGAUACUCGAUGCUCGGUCCAAAGGUCGAUGGGAAGGGACUGAACCAGAACCGAGACCGGGAAUCAAGAGCGGACACAUGCCUGGGUCGACAAGUCUACCCUUUCAGGAACUGCUGGACCCCGAGACCAAGGCGCUGCUUCCUCCAGAGGAGCUGAGAAAGUUGUUUGAAAGCAAACACCUUGACCCUAAAACGCCGUUCAUCACCACUUGUGGGACUGGUGUGACCGCAGCCAUCAUCGAGGCGGCGCUCAAGCAAGCCGACUUUGGUUCAGAGCAAGACCGAAGAUUGUACGACGGCAGCUGGACGGAAUGGGCCUCCAGGAUAACCCCGACCAGUGGUCUGAUUCAAACCAAAAAAUCUACAUCAGAGAAGCCUUGA